AUGAUUACAUUGGACUUGGCUAAAAUCAGUGAUAAUCAAGGUUCUUGUUCUGGUGAAUCGUCUAAUGUUUGUGCUAGUCAUGCUGUUUGUUCAAUAGAAAGUGACAAAUCAGUCACUAAUUGCACUGUCUCUCCUGGUGGUAUGAGGUAUUUUAUGCCUAGUAUAGUUGCUGGAAGUGAUGUACCGUUUCGAAAUCAGGCUUUUGAUAGCUUAGAUAAGGCUUACAAGUUUUACAAAGAGUAUGGGAGGCUAGGUGGUUUUGAUGUACGAAAAACAACGAAGAAGAGAGAUGCUGAUGGGACUAUUAUUUUGAAACAUUUUGUUUGUAGUAAGGAGGGGUUUAAUGAUGGAAGUCAUUGUGAAGAAAAUAGGCAAAGGCGUACCGUCUCACGGAGGUGUGGAUGUAAAGCGAAAGUUGUCAUGAAAAUUAUGAGCCAAAACAGAUAUUAUGUUUUUAAUUUUGUUGAACUUCACAAUCAUCCGUUGGCUAGUGAAAGUGGUAGACAGUUUUUGAGAGCUAGUAGAGAGAUGACAGUUAGUUUGCGAAAUAUUGUAUUUGACGCUGCGAAAAUAAACAUUGGAUGCAGCAAGACAUUUAGCUUGGUCAAAGAGAUGACAGGUGGCUAUAGUAAUGUUGGUGCAACAUUACGUGAUUUCAGGAAUUUUGAUAGGGAUUUAAAAGAAUUUGAGACAUCUAAAUCGUUUUAUUUUGCUUAUGAACUUGAUGGUGAUGGGCAUUUGACUAUGCUUUUCUGGGCUGAUCCAACUAGUAGGAGGAACUUUGAAAUAUACGGUGAUGCCGUGUCAUUUGAUGCCACGUUUGAUACUAACAAGUAUAAUAUGAUUUUUGCUCCUUUCACUGGUGUUGACAAACAUGAUAGAUGUGUCACCUUUGCUGCUUGUUUGUUAUCGAAAGAAGAUGUUGCUCAUUAUAACUGGGCUUUUAAACAAUUUGUCAAGGCAAUGGGACGCAAUCUAGUUAUCUUUAUAACUGACCAGUGCCCUGCAAUGAAGCUUGGCAAUCGUUUGUGUAAGGAAACGGACUUUAUGGAGAAAAUGAAAACUUACAUAUGGUCGUCAAAUUUGGAAAUUGAUGAGUUUGAAAGUGGAUGGAAAGCAUUUCACAAGCAAGGUGAUACCUUAUGUGAGUUUUGGAUACGUUUUGAGAGUGCAAUGCAUAGGGAGCGGAAUAAAACAGAACGGUUAGACCACGAGUCUAACUCAAGCAAGCCAAAUAUGUUAUCAAGAUGGUUCAUUGAAGAUGAUGCAACAGAUCUAUUGACACGUUCAAUUUUUUACAAAGUUCAAGAAGAGAUUUUGGCAUCUUGCUUGGAUAUGCAGAUUAAGAAAAUGAGUGAAGAAGUUGAUGGAGUAACUCAAUUUGAAAUAAAGGAUGUCAAAGUUAAAGAUAAACUUUUUAAGGUAUCUGUUAGCAGAUCACAUGCCUUAUGUUCAUGCAAACAAUUUGUUAUGUGUGGAAUUGUUUGUAGGCAUGCUUUUUGUGGCUUGAAGCAAAUUGGUGUCACAAAAUUUCCAAGAAGUCUUGUGCUUAAUCGUUGGAUGAAAGUUGCAGAAUGUGGCACUUCAUUGGAAUCUAAUGUCGUGUAUUCGGAUUAUUUUAAAAUGGAGCAGGUGUCAUUGAAGUUGACAAACUUAUGGUUUGAUUUUCGUCAGAUUCUUAACAAAGCUGGAAUUGAAAUGGAUAAGCUUGACUAUGUUCACAAAAUCAUUAAGCAGAUAGGUAGUGAUUUUGAAAAGUAUGAUGGAGAUGCUGUUGAUUUUACUAAGAAGGACCAUAUGGCAGCAUGGUAG